AUGGCAAUUUUCGGCGUGUUUUUGGCCUGGGCCAUAGGAGGCGGACUGAUCGUUUUUCGAGCGUGGAUCAUCUACAAGAACUACCUCAAGUUCAGCACGUUUUGGUUUGGUAUUCUGUGGGCUUCCGCGUGGGUACCAGGUCUCGUCAUUAUGAGUAUGAUGAGCAGCCUGUGGGCAACCUCGUCCGUGGACGUUCAAUACCUCUCCGUGCCGGGAUUAUGCGCCAUUCUUAACAAGCCAUCUUACCUGUGGGUUACUGUGGCUUGGGACAUGUUCUUCCAAGGAUCGAUUUGCCUGCUGCUGAUCUACAAAGCUUACCAGAAUGGAUACUUGCGAACGGAUUCGACAUGGGAGUUGAUGGCAUGCUUGAUUAUUGACGGUAUAUUUUAUAAUGUGGUCAUAUUAGGUAGGUGUCAAGAACUUCCUCGGGAGAAGGGGGGUCCAACGGUUGACGCAGCUAUGAAUAUCCUCAACCUAAUCUCUUUUUUCGCACUGCCUGAACCGCUCGUAUUCUUUGCAUAUGUGUGCACCAAGCUGGACAAUUUCGACCGCGUUGAUUGGAAGGUACCGGUAUUCGAGUGA